AUGGGGCAAUCGGAGGCACUUGGAAGUGGAAGCUGUUAUCGGAAACAGUUGCAGCAAGAGCUCCUUGAAGAGAUGACUGGGGGUGCCUGUCCAAUCCCUUCCAUGUUCAGCGGAUUUACCAUUGUAAACGCCAAUGAACAUCGACAGUGGAUUUGGUGCCUGGAUUUGGCCAAAAGACGGUUGCUGAGGCGGGCUUUUGGCGAGCCUGCGCGAGCUUUGGCCAGAGGAGAAGCCGCGCUGGGCCAUUCAAGCGCCUUGGACAGAGCGGAAGAUCUCCGCCGGCUCAGGGCGUCCAACCCCAUCACGGCCUUCACACGCUACCACGGCGCUGAGUCGGGACGUAGGCUGGAGGACGACUAUGUCUUGCAGGACAAUGUCCUUGGUACGGGCAUGUCCGGCAGCGUGCAGCUGGUGGCCAGCACCGUGGAUGGAUCGUUGUAUGCACUCAAGAUCUACGACAAGGACAGCAUGAACGACAGUCGUUACAAGCUUUUGAAGCAGGAGGUUGAAAUUUACCUCAGCGUAGAUCACCCAAACAUUGCGCGUCUGAUCGACGUUUACGAGUGGGGCCAAGGCAUUGCGCUCAUCAUGGAGUAUUGUUCCGGUGGUGAGCUGCAACAGCGUUGGAACAGCGAAGCCUACGAGGAGGAAGAUGCCAUGGAGGCGACCAAGCAAAUGCUUUAUGCGGUGAAUUACUUACACGCGCACAACAUUUGCCACAGGGACCUGAAAUUGGAGAAUUUCCUCUAUGAGAGUGGCGACAAGAAUGCUUCGCUGAAGCUGAUAGACUUUGGUCUCUCCAUCUCAUUGGAUGAUGAUGAGAUGACGAUGAAGUCCACGGUGGGUACACUGCUCUACUGCAGCCCCGAUGUGAUCUCUGGCAAGGCAUAUACCAGCAAAUGUGACCUCUGGAGUCUGGGCGUCAUCGUCUUCAUGCUCCUGAGUGGGCGGCCACCCUUCAUCACGUCCAUGGGCCACGAGCGCAUGCGCAAAGACAUCUCGCGGGCGAAGGUGCAGUGGGAUAGGCUAGAGAAUGUCUCCGCAGAAGCGAGAGAUUUCGUCCACAAGCUGUUGGUGCUCGACCCCCUUCAGCGAUUGGACGCGGCUGCAGCCUUGAACCAUCCCUGGCUUGCAUCCAAAGAUGUCACCCAGGACUGGGACCGCGCCCGAGCCGGGGGACAUCGGAUCAAGGGCGUGCUCUCCGCCUUGAAGCAGUACAUGCAGCAGUCCAAGCUGCACCGCCUGUUGUUGCAGCUCUUGGCGCAAGAGCUGGGCAACGAGGAGGCCAAAGAGAUGCGUGAGCUGUUUCUUCAAAUCGAUUCGGAUGAGCGUGGCACCAUCCGGCUGGGCGACUUGAAGGCCGCCAUGGCCCGGCGACGUGCGCCGGGAAGCCCCAAAGGCAUGAUGGACAUGGUGGUGGGCCGCAGGCUGACAUCGCCCAACCUGAGCCCCACCAACCAGAUCCCGGAGGAACAGGUUGAACAGAUCUUCAGCAUGUUGGAUGCCAACGGCGACGAAGAAGUCCACUAUUCCGACUUCCUCGCUGCCACGGUGAACAUGCGCGGCCGCUGGAGGCGGGAGGCGCUUCGGAAGAUCUUCAACCGCAUUGACCGGGAUGCUUCGGGCACCAUCAGUGUCUCUGAGGUGCAGCGAGUGGUGGCAGAAACCGUGGAGGACGCCACCGCGGCGGAGGAGUUUCUGAAAGAGUCCAAAGUGACACUGAACAGCAAGGGGGAGAUCAGCUUCGAGGCCUUUGCGGACCUCUUCGAGCGGAAAGAUCUGUGCAUCACCGGGUCGUCGCCGGUCACCCGCAAGGACAUGCUGAAAGCUUGUGCUUGGGACGAGUCCCCUCACUCCUGGAGGAGGACCUUCGGAACCGCUUUAGAACCCACGGUCCGCUGCGGUCCAACGCAGAACGUUGAACUGGAUCUCGUUGGUUCCAACGCGGUCGAUGCUGCCAUGUGCGAUGCGGUCCAGCGGGACGCAGUUCGCGGGACGAGCGGAGCGGAGGCCACGAGGCUGGGCGCCACCGUCGCGCGGCCCAUGAUCAGCUUUGCAGCGCUGGGCCUGGCCCUCGUCCUUGCAGUUCUUUUGGCACCUCAACCAGUUUCCAGGCCCACGGACGUGCGCGCGGUUUGCGGCAUGCCAGAGGAGGAGUUUCAUGAGCUGGGCCUCCCCGAGGUGACCGCGGUGAAUUGGGGCCAAUGGCACGGGCCUUACGCGCUGCCCGCAGAGCGCAUGGCGAUCUGCGCCUCUGGCAAGGUCUUCGUGUGGCAGCGAGGUGGCCCCAUGCUGCAGCUCCCUAGUGUGCCUGAUCUUUUGCCAUCUUUGCUGAAACUCUGGCCGCGUGACCGGGGAUCACAGGAUGGCAACUUCCUUUGGAUACUGGACGAGGACUACAACCUGGUCAUCGCGCCCAUCAUGCAGCGCCGCAACGAGGGUGGCGCACUGCUGGAGGUGAAGCACGGAGAUUUAGCCCCGGGCCAGACCUUCUUCGGACGUGGUCCUCACCUCACCGGUCCCUACCGAGGCCUCGCACGCCUCGGCGGGGAGUUCAACCUCGCUGGUGCACGGGACGGUGCCGAAUGGAUCAUGCACGCCAAGUCGGGCUACACCGCCUACCGCGUGCCAGUGCGCGAGGCAGAGGACUAUUUUCAUGUACAGCACCAGGCUGGCCGCAAUGAGUCGGAGAUCGCCCAGAAUUUUCAGCGAUGUGUGUAUAGAGAGAUUUAUCGAGUUAGAGACGCUUUGUCUCGCAUGUUUUGCCUCUUGCGGCGCCAUGGGGUUCGUGUAGCUCUCGGCGAGUUCAGGCAAUGUGACAUUCGCUCCAGCGCGGCGGGAGGAUUUCCAGAUCUUCAAACUUGCCGCUGGUCUGCACGGUCCUCGCCUCGCUCCGCUCCUCCUCGUCCUCGCUCCGCUCCUCCGGAUAGAUCGCGUACAGUGAAGGAUCCUGGAAAUGCCACAGCUUGCUCCUCUCCGUCGGCUGAGGAUGGCCCCACGACGCUUCAUGUGAUCGAUUGGUACGCGCCUGGCCAAGAUCGAUGCAAAUCGACGGUGGCAGACUAUGCCAGCAUGCUAAAGGCAGUCGAGCUGGAUUUGAUGCGCUUGUUUCAGGGCGAGCCACUCAACCCGGCAGAUGUACAGAAGCAGAUCCGGUCCUUGCGGAAACACAGCUGCCUUUUCUCCCGGGAAUUCACUGAUCAGCUGCACUGCAACGUGCAUGGCUGCUUCGGUGAUGGCUUCACCAGGAAAUUGAAGGCAGUGGAGUUGAUGUUGCCAAAAGAUCUCAAGGAGGCUCGAAGGCUGUGGGGCUUGGCCUUGGCGGCGUGGAGCUCCUGCGCGGCAGGUCAGGCGAUUUCUCCGGAGCAGACGUAGUGAAGCCGCGCGCGAAACCGGGCGCCUUGGGUGGCUUCUCGUAGUGACCAGGAGCUGGGUCAACUAUUUCUAUCCCAGAUGGAGUGUUUGGGUAUGAUUGUG